AAUAUUAGUGGGGUCAAGGUCGCAUUGUCUGGAAAGGUCACCACAUGGCAAAAUGACAGGGAGAAGUAUUCCAAGUGAUUUUGUCAAGAAUGUAUUACAGAAUGGCAUAGGACGAUAUGUUUGUCAGCUGCAAAGAUUGACCGUAUCGUUUUGCAAGUCUCAUGGUGACAGUAGGGGUGCAAGAGAUUUUGUGGAAAAUCACAUGUUAGAAUUUACAAGAAAGAACCCAGGAAUUGUAGUGUAUAUGAAGCCAAGGCGUCAUAGAAACCCAAGACUUGUAGCAGAAUACUUGAAUGGGAGGACAGAAACUCUCAACAUCCGCAACAUGCCGGAAGAUGACAUCUGCAAGUGGGUUGAACAUUUUAGAACAAGGUCAGGUGCACAGAUUGUACGGCGAAAACAGUGGCACACAGAAACCCCCUCAAUUCAGGGCGUGUGGUCCCCUUUCACAAACAGAGACACAAGCUGGAACGUGGCGGAGUUUCCGGACAAAGAACUGUCAAAGGCCAUCAGUGCACCCACAGCCACAGAGAGAGUUCUAGAGAUGGCGAGAGAGAUUGGUGUUAAGAAACAAGAGCCUUUAAGUGAAAAGGAAUAGAAGAAAUUUGUGUGUGGCUUAGUGUGAAUGUGUAAAUGUGUUCAUGUCAGUAAAACAAAUUCUUAUAUC